CCAAUCUAAUCUGCAGCUGCACCAAAGUUUUUAAGAACAUACCACACGGCUACAACUUAUCAUUUUAAAACAAAAAAAAAAAAUAUCAUCGGAUAGAGAACAGGGGAAGAGAGAGCGCGAAUGGUUCAUCUAAUGAAACCUGUAAUGCUGCGAUGGCUUCGGUGGCAGCACCGUUGCUACUCCCGCACAACACUCCACCAUUAUCUCUUCCACUCACCCUCCUCAACACUCUACACCCUCACUACCUCCCUACAACCACCUCUCAUCUCCACCGUAGUCCCUUCCUUUCAUCGUACCCUCCAUUUCCGAUCACAAGGCCUCAAAUCACCCUACGCUUUGGAUUCCAGAUACAGCAACAUCGACGACUCGGAUGAUCCCAAUGCAAGGAAGAGCCGCAACGAGAAGAAGCGCGAGGCUCGGCGCGCCGUCGGAUGGGGAAUGGAGCUCGCCGCUUUCUCUACUCCUCAAAUCAAACGUAUUCUCAGAGUCGCUUCUCUUGAACCCGAGGUCUUCGAUGCUAUCAUGCUAGUGAAGAGAUUAGGCCGUGAUGUUCGAGAAGGAAAGCGAAGGCAGUUCAAUUAUAUAGGAAGAUUGCUAAGGGACGCAGAGCCUGAAUUGAUGGAUGGUCUUAUUCAGGCUACAAAAGAUGGUGACCAGAAUAAGUUUCAGGCUUUAUCUGGUUCAGAAAUGUGGGACAUUGAAGAUGAUGAUGAUGAGGUAGAAGAAACCGAAUAUGAAGAUGAAGAGGAGGGGUCCCAUAAUUACAUUAAUAUGGCAACCAGAUGGUCUGAUGGGCUGAUAAAUAAGGAUGCCGACAUUACCAAGGAAAUUUAUUCGGUUCAAGAUGUUGAUUUUGACCGUCAGGAAUUGCGGAGACUUGUGAGGGAAGUGCACUCUAUGCAAGAGCGCCAAGUCACUUCAGAGGAGAAUGAGGGGGAAGCAGAUGCAGCAUUAAAUGGUGCCGAAAGGUCCCUUGCACGUUUUCUUCGAACCCUUGCAAAACAGCUACAAACCAAGUAGAAUUUCAUUAUUGGCCUAUCGACAUUUUGUCCUUGUUCAUUAGUUCCCCAUAGAGCUAUUGUGGCAUUCUCAGUGAGUUGGGGAAGUGAAUGCCUAAACCACCAAAUUCCCCAAUUCUUCUUCAAAAUAUUGCCAGCUCCACCACGCCACUGCCUUUAGCCAGACGAGUUAUCUUUGUUGGAGGUGCUGUUGUAGAUGAGUCGAUGAUUAUUUUUGCAAAGAAGGCCUAUAGUUGAAGUGGUCCACAUGAGAGAGAGAGAGAGAGAGAGAGAGAGAGAGAGGCUCUUGAGUCUUGAUUCUUUUUAUCUAUUUGACUUAUGGAUUGGCAUAGCUGGUUCACUUGUACCUGAGUUAGUCCUUUGCAUUCAAUUUUGUACCCUCAUAAUUUUGGCUAACAAGUCUGGGAAAGGAGCCCCUAGCAAUAUCAUGAAGAUGCAUAUUUGUUUAGUUGGCAAGUGAAAUUUAUGAGUGAUACCCUCUACUA